GUUAACAUGAUAAAAUUAAAGUUUAAAUUGUUGUUCAAUUUUAAUUAAAAACAAAAAACAAAAUUUUUAUUAAUAACAAUCCAAAUUAUUCAUAAUAAUUAAAAGCUUAAUUAUUCUCAUAUUAAAUGUGUGUCGAAACUUGUAAACAUUAAAAAAAAAAACACUUAUUUUCUUUGCAAUAUUCAUGUGAUUAUAACUUAUAUGUUAAUUGUUAUGUUAAUUAUACGUGGCAUUUUAAAUGUCAAUACAUUACUUUCUCUUGGAGGAUUUGUUCUCUGUCUCAUGUUAAUGCUACAAUUUAAACAAAUUUACAAUAAUCAUGAGAAAAAUAAUAGACUUCAAGGAUAUAGACAAUUUAUGCACGAAAUAUCUGAAGAAUUAACUGAAAUAGAAAAAUCUGCUAAUAAAUCGUCAACUAUCAUACAUCAACUUAAUGAGGCAAUUUUUAAACAACGCGAAAGAAAAAUGAGGAAUAUUACACAAUCUCAAUUGGGAAAUUUUUAGUAAAUCAUAAAUGUAACUAUGGCGAAAAAGAUUAUUUGUCUAUUCGAUGUCGAUGGGACUCUUACAGUUCCUCAACAGGUAAUCAAGUCUAAUGUUGAUAAAUUUUUGCAAGAAUCAGUGAAAAAAACAUUUGACCUCGCUGUUAUUGGUGGCUCCGAUUUAAACAAAAUUAAAAAACAAUUAGGUGGCGACGAUAUUUUUCAGAAGUAUAAAUAUAUUUUUUCUGAAAAUGGUUUAGUUUCUUUCAGAGAUGGUAAACAAUUAUCGUCCGAAUCAAUUCAUAAAUUAAUUGGAGAAGAGGCUCUACAGGAUUUUAUAAAUUUUGUUUUGAAAUAUAUUUCCGAAUUAAAAUUGCCAUUUAAACGAGGAACAUUUGUCGAAUUCAGAACAGGAAUGUUGAAUAUUUCACCGGUUGGAAGAAAUUGUUCACAAGAAGAACGUCUUCAAUUCUAUGAAUAUGAUAACGAACAUCAAAUUCGCCAAAAAUUCAUUCAAGCCUUGAAAAAAGAAUUUCCAGAUUUAGCAUUGACGUACAGUAUUGGUGGACAAAUAUCAUUUGAUGUUUUUCCUAAUGGAUGGGACAAAACCUAUUGUCUGAAACAUAUUGAAGGAUAUGAUGAAAUACAUUUUUUCGGUGACAAAGUAAGAGAAGGUGGAAAUGACUAUGAAAUUUAUGAAAGUGAUAUGACAAUUGGACAUCGUGUAACUGGUCCCGAAGAUACUGUCAAUCAAUUAAAAGUACUGCAAAUUUUAGUGCAAGAAUCUGAAAAUAAAGAAUGCCCAAACGCACCGAUGCAUUGCGUUUAAAUUAUUUAUUCCACGAAGCAUUUUUUCUCUAAAAUUAAAUUUUAUGUAAAUAGUGUUGAUUUAUUUAUAGUCUAAUUAUAACUCAAAUCAAAUGAAUAAAACCAAAUGAAAGCAA